AUGCCCACGCUUUCAGUGUUCACAGACGUGCCCCUAGCCCACAAGCUAGAAGGCAGCUUGUUAAAGGCCUACAGGCAAGAUGGUCACCGUAACAAGACAUUCCUGGCCUAUAAAGUCUGCAUGACCAAUGAAGGCCACCCCUGGGUUUCUCUGGUGGUGCACAAGACCCGACUGCAGAUUUCAGGGGAUCCCUCCUUGGAUUAUGAGUACCUGCCCACGGUGGGCAUGAAAUCGUUCAUCGAGGCCUCUUUGGAACUCCUCUUUGGAAAGCACAGUGAAGCCAUCAAGGAGAACAGGGUAGGGGGUGUGCACACUGUUGGUGACAGUGGCGCCUUCCAGCUUGGAGUUCAGUUUCUCAGAACUUGGUGCAAGCAUGCUAAUGUGGCCUAUGUCAUCUCUUCUCAGAAAGAGCCGCACGGACUCGUCUUCCAGGACCUGGGCUUUAAGGUUUACGAAUACUCCAUCUGGGACCCCGAGAAGCUGUUCAUGGACCCCAAUGUGUUCCUCAAUGUGGUGGAGCAGAUCCCACGCGGCUGCGUCCUUGUGAUCGGGAACAUUAUGGACUGCAAGUUUUCACACCAUCAGUGGGAAAAGUGCAUGGCCCUCCUGAAGAGCAAGCAGAUAUUCCCGUUUUUUGACAUUCCCUGUCAAGGUUUACACACCGGUGACUUGGAAGAAGACACUAGAAUCCUACAAUACUUUGUCGCUCGAGGUUUCGAGUUCUUUUGCAGCCAGUCUCUGUCCAAGAAUUUUGGCAUUUAUGAUGAAGGCGUGGGGACCCUAGUGGUGGUGGCCCUCAACAACCAGCACCUGCUGCGCGUCCUCUCCCAGCUGAAGAGAUUCGCCCGGGCCUUGUGGCUGAACCCUCCGACGACGGGUGCCCGCAUCAUCACUUCCGUCCUCUGCAACCCUGCUUUGUUGGGAGAGUGGAAGCAGAGUCUCAAAGCAGUUGCAGAGAACAUCAUGCUCACCAAGGAAAGGGUGAAGGAGAAGCUUCGGCUCUUGGGAGUCCCUGGCUCCUGGGAUCACAUCACAGAGCACAAUGGGACCCAUGGCUACCUUGGACUCAACGCCCAACAGGUGGAAUUCCUGGUCAAGAAGAAGCACAUCUACCUCCCCAGGAACGGGCGGAUCAACUUCACCUGCAUCAAUGCCAGCAACAUAGAUUAUAUCACCCAGAGCAUCAGUGAAGCUGUUUUCCUCACAAAGAACCCAAAGAACUAUUACCUGGAAGAGAAACCCUGUGUGGAAUAA